AUGCCAGCAAUGCAAACCUGUUCCAGGGCAAAUAAUGUGUCUGAAGUGCCUGCCACUAACCAGCUGCACAACCCUGAGAAAGCUAUUCAGGUACCUCCCACCUCCUAUGGACAGUCAUAUCCCACGCUCAGAAAUAUAAUUAGAAAAAGUAGUUCUUACAGCAGCUCAUCCAUAAUCCACCCCAAAGCCAUGCCCGAGCAGAAGAGACCUCACAGCAAGGCAGGAAUGGCCUCUUCCAGGUCUGUAGGCAGGCUGCUGCUCUUCAUUAGCCUUAGCACUGUUUCUCCUCCAUAUAUCACCCACCUAUGCAAUUUCCAGGGUCAGAAGACAAACUCAAAACCUGCUGGGAAAAUCUCCAUGAGACAGGCCUAUCACCAGGGGAUAACAAGGACAGCACAUCAUCAUCCUAGGACAGCUACAAUUACACCAUCAGAAAAUACCCACUUUCAGGUAAUUCCCAGUGAGGACAACCUCAUAGGUGAAGUUGAAAAAGAUAUUUCCAUGGAAAAAACAGUCUGUACCAUAGUGAAACCCAAACCCAGAGCCCUGUGUAAGCAGCUGAGCAGUGCCACUUCUGCUGCAGAACUUCUCGAACCUCCCCUGGGGCCUCCUCAGAUUUCAUCUAUGUUAGAUGCAGACCACCUUCCUAAUCCGUCAUUAGUGGAGGCUACCUCAGAAUCCAAACCUGCAGGUAAAUUAGACUCACCAUCAAAGAAGAAAGGUGUCCAUAAGAGAAGACAACACCAAGGACCUGAUGAUAUUUACCUGGAUGACUUAAAAGCUGUAGAACCUGAAGUUGCAGCCCUCUAUUUCCCUAAAAGUGAAUCGGACCCUGGCUCCCGGCAGUGGUCUGAGUCUGACACGCUCUCUGGCUCCCAGUCCCCACAGUCCGUCGGAAGUGCGGCUGCAGAUAGCGGCACCGAAUGCCUCUCAGAUUCUGCCAUGGACUUGCCAGAUGUCACCCUCUCUCUUUGUGGGGGUCUCAGUGAAAACGGAGAAAUUUCCAAAGAAAAAUUCAUGGAGCAUAUCAUUACUUAUCAUGAAUUUGCAGAAAACUCUGGACUUAGAGACAAUCCUAACCUUGUAAUACGGAUAUAUAACCGUUACUAUAACUGGGCUUUGGCUGCUCCCAUGAUCCUUAGCUUGCAAGUAUUCCAGAAGAGUCUGCCGAAGGCCACAGUCGAGUCCUGAGUCAAAGAUAAGAUGCCAAAGAAAUCUGGUCGCUGGUGGUUUUGGCGUAAAGAGAGCAUGACCAAACAGCUUCCAGAGGCCAAGGAAGAAAAAUCCGAAGCACCACCAACCAGUGACCUGCCAUCGAGAACAAAGGAGCCAGCCAGUGGCAGGUUGGCUGAAGAUGACUCCUCCAGUGUUGAAGGGUCACAGGAGCUCGAAGAAUCCAUCAAAGUGGACCCUGUUCCCACAGAGCCCCCAAGCCAUGGCAGCACAACCUCCUAUAAGAAGUCUCUUCGGCUCUCUUCAGACCAGAUUGCAAAACUGAAGCUCCAAGAUGGUCCAAAUGAUGUUGUAUUUAGUAUUACAACCCAGUAUCAAGGUACCUGCCGCUGUGUAGGGACCAUUUACCUGUGGAAUUGGAAUGACAAGAUCAUCAUCUCUGAUAUUGAUGGAACAAUAACCAAGUCUGAUGCUUUGGAACAGAUCCUUCCACUGGGUAAAGACUGGACUCAUCAGGGUAUAGCAAAGCUCUACCAUUCCAUCAAUGAGAAUGGCUACAAGUUUCUGUACUGCUCUGCCCAUGCCAUCGGCAUGGCCGACAUGACCCGUGGCUACCUGCACUGGGUCAAUGACAAGGGCACAAUCUUACCUCGGGGUCCUCUGAUGCUAUCCCCUAGCAGCUUGUUCCCUGCCUUCCACAGGGAAGUGAUAGAAAAUAAACCAGAAAAGUUCAAAAUAGAGUGUGUAAAUGACAUUAAGAAUCUGUUUGCCCCAUCUAAGCAGCCCUUCUAUGCUGCCUUUGGAAACCUUCCAAAUGAUGUUUAUGCCUACACGCAAGUUGGAGCUCCAGACUGCAGAAUAUUCACCGUGAACUCCAAGGGUGAAUUAAUACAAGAAAGGACCAAAGUAAUCAAGUCAUCGUAUCACAGACUGAGCGAGCUCAUGGAGCACGUGUACCCACUUCUCAAUAAGGAAUAGAAUUCUGCCUUUCCAUGCCCAGAGUUCAGCUUCUUCUGCUACUGGCGAGAUCCGAUCCCCAAAGUGGACCUGGAUGACCUGGCAUGA